GUUCUUUCUUCCAUUACAUGUCUCGUCUCGUAUCCCCUCCACGCAUUCUAUAGGACAAUUCAUUCCGCCAAAUGAUGGAAUGGUACUGCGAAUACCAUCGCUUUCACUUCCAGAACCUCGUCUUUACGUUCCGUGGAUCCAGACUCAUCCCGUCCUCGACUCCGCUUUCUUUGGACUUUCCUGCACGAUCCGUCAUUGAUAUUUACGAGAUCAACACUUACAAAUACAUCAAGCAGCAGGAAACUCUGGCGCGGUCCAAGAAAUUGGCGGAACUUGACAAGUAUGCCAAAGAUGCGGAGCUCUUGCAGGCGAUGCAGGAUAAGCAGGAAGCCCGGGCUCGGAGUCAGGGUCAGGGUCAAGGUCAGGAUCAGGAUGGAGUAGGGAAUAAUACCAAGCAAGGGGGCCAUGACGAACCUGUCGAGGUCGAAGACGACGAAGCAGAGGUCGAGUACUUGCAUAUUAAACUUAGAGGCAAGGACACUACGGACGAAAAGAUUCGUGUCAAAAAGACAACGACGGUGUUUGCGAUUUUGUCGCACUACAAGAGGAUCAAGAAGAUCUCCGCAGACACGCCCGUCAAGCUCGAGUUCGAUGACGAGGCCAUCGAUCCCAGUAUGGCCGUCGGAGAGACCGAGAUCGAAGACGACGACAUGCUCGAUGUUCGUGUUGGAUAAUUCCUUUUUUUUUUUUUUUUUUUUGAAGAAAGAAAAAAAAAAGACCACUCACUGUACUAUAACAUCAUUAAACAUCUAUUCAUUCAUUCAUCGAAUCAGAGAGGAAGGACUUGGGUUUAUUUUACAAUGGAUAUAGCUUAUUGAACAAGGAACGAAAGAAAAAGACUACAGAUAAGGAAGGACAGGCAAGGCAAUAUUUUUUUUUUUUUUUAAAAUAAAAAAAA